UGGACAACUUUAGCAUCGCGUGAGAUCGCAAGGAACAAUAUCUCGUCCACGGAUCGUCUGCAAUUCUUACUCCUCUUUGACGCCUGACGAUUGUCUUGACUGUCAAUUCCAGCACCCACUAUGACGACCUAUAUCCCGAGUUUGACCUUGCCGAGCUUUCUCUUCAGCAACCCAGCUGCAGCGAUAUUGCUUCCUGUAGUCUGCGGUACCGCCGUCGGAUUUUCCAUCAGCCCCAGCGAUACACAGCGUCAAUACCGUACACUCAAGCAGCCGCCGCUCCAUCCUCCUGGGUACGUCUUUGGCCCGGUAUGGACUGUCCUGUAUACUACCAUGGGAUACACCGCCUACCGAGCAUGGACCACUGGCACAACCUCCUUUAACCCUGAGACGGUCGCUCUGGCUAAGCAGGGCGCUACUCUGUACUCCCUCCAGCUUGCCCUGAACCUCAUCUGGACUCCGUUGUACUUCUCGCUCCAUCAGCCCAUCGCCGCAACAGUCGACAUUCUUGCGCUUGGCGGUACUGUGGGCUAUCUAGCCUACAUCUGGGGCCAAGUUGACCCGGUGUGCGGUUGGCUGUUGGCUCCUUAUCUGGGCUGGCUCAGCUUUGCUACGUACCUAUGCGUCGGAAGCGGCGUCUUGAACAACUGGGACUUCAAGCAGUCACUGUCGAAGAAGGAAUAAACUACUCUUUAAAGAUUCAAUGGUGGGUUAAGUUAAUCAGCAACAUGCCUGGAUUAACGAUUUGGUACUCGUCCAUAUUUAGUGUAUUUAUAUUAUGGAAGUUGCAAUGAGAGUAGCCUGAAUGCGAGUUCUUUUGGGU